AUGGCGGCCUCCACAAGCGCCGGCGGGUUACGGGUUCCAGCGGCGGGGGCGGGAGUCGAGUCUCCCGGGAGCGGGGACCUGCCCGAGGGGGAGCAGCCGGCGCCCCCCGGCGACCUGCGCAGCGUCCUGGUCACCAGCGUCCUCAGCCUGGAGCCCCUGGACCUGGAUCUGUUCAGCUCCGCGGGGAUCGGGGCCCCUGGCCGGGCGCAGGCCGCACUGCUGCCGGGGCAGGGCCAUGGGGAGCGGGGGAGCCGUUCGGAGUCUCCCCCGUGGCUCCCGCCCGCCAAGCUCGCGUCGAGCUGCGCUUUGCACAAGCUCGUUAGCGAGGGGCGGGGAUCCCAGCGCCCUCGCCUGCCCCGGGUGAACGGCAGAGGGAGGCACUACUGGGUCCCUGUCACGCGGAGGCUGUUUGGCGGGCAGAUAGUGGGGCAGUCUCUGGUGGCAGCUGCCAAGGCCGUGACUGAGGACGUCCAUGCCCACUCCCUGCACUGUUACUUUGUGCGAGCAGGGGAUCCCACGGUGCCGGUUCUAUACCAGGUGGAGCGCACACGCACAGGGAAGAGCUUCUCUGUUCGCUCAGUGAAGGCAAUUCAGCAUGGGAAGCCAAUCCUCAUCUGCCAGGCCUCCUUCCAGCAGACCCAGGAAAGCCCCAUUCAGCACCAGUUCACCAUGCCCACUGUGCCGCCUCCGGAGGAGCUGCUGACUCAAGAAGAGCUAAUUCAGAAAUACCUGCAGGAUCCCAACUUGGUGGAGAAAUACAGGCUGGGACUCAACAAGAUUCUGGCCCAGGAGGUGCCAGUUGAGAUCAAGCCUGUGAACCCACCAGAGCUAUUCUCCCAGCUGUCUCAGGAGCCCAAGCAGCUGUUCUGGGUUCGGGCACGAGGCUACAUUGGGGAGUGCGAUAUGAAGCUGCACUGCUGCGUGGCUGCCUACAUCUCCGACUACGCCUUCCUGGGCACAGCUCUGCUCCCGCACCGGCAGCAUCCUGUCAUGUUCAUGGUGUCCCUCGACCACUCCAUGUGGUUCCACGCCCCCUUCCGAGCUGACCACUGGAUGCUGUACGAGUGUGAGAGCCCCUGGGCCGGUGGGUGCCGAGGGCUGGUGCAUGGGCGGCUGUGGCGCAGGGAUGGAGUCCUGGCUGUCACCUGCGCACAGGAAGGAGUCAUCAGGGUGAAGCAGAGCCCAGCUGAGAGCAAACUGUAGCUGGACAAGUCAGCAGCAGCCACAUCCCCACCCUGCUCUGGGGGUGCAGGCUGGGCCCCCGUGCAGAGAUGGGCUUGACCAGGAUCUGGGGCAGGAGUGGAGAGUGGGAGCCUCAGCACAGCCUGUGACCGCUGGGGGCUGCACCGGAGGGACCACGCAGUCACACACAAGCCGCGGGAAUAUCAGCUUUAUUGACUGUUAGUUACAGAGUCCCCUGUCAGAUGCUGUCCUCAGCCUCCCCCACCUACCACUAAUAAAGCCUCCAUGGCCCACCAA